AUGACUCUUGUUUCUGAGCACCGGCAGUGGAACCGAGGAAAAAAGCCGCAAAGACCUGUAAGACAGAUAACGCGAGGUAGCGGCUACUACACGUGCGCUGUGGACGACUUCGAGACGCCAGGAGACCGGUCAAAAUGCGGUCGAAGACGUAAGCGGAGGCGAAGCGGUUCCAGACGCCGCCGGAAGAGGGGCCACGGUCGGCGACGGGGGCGCCGCCGUUCGAGGCGCGGCAGAAAAGGGCGAAAGUCAAAGUGCGGAAGGCGGCGAAGGAAGCGGCGUUGCGGCGGAAGACGUCGGCCAGAGGGUGUCGAGGUCGAUGAGCUUGGGGGGCGUCGUGGCGGGCGGAAGUUGCGUGGAAAACCGCGCGGCCGGCCCGCGGCUCAGGGCAAGGAUGACAGUAUGGAGGGUAGAGACGGCAGUAAGACGAGCUCUCCGGUCAGAGUGAGCAGCGCCAGCAGCGCCGGGACGCGCGGAUCGGCUGCUGACACUGCGAGUGCCUCGCUCAGCGCCAGUGGAAAAGAGAGUCUCAGCGACCAAUCGGACGCUUCCGGAACCUCGGAUGGAACCGCGGGAGAAACUAAGCCGUAGGAACAGGACGCGGAAUAAAAGAAACGCAAAGCGCCGUGGGAGAAAUGAAUUCUGCACACAUUUCUAUUUUAUACUCUACACAGGUUUAUCGAUCAGCUAAUUUACACUUUUUAUUAUCCUGUACCGUCAUUAUUAUUAUACACUCAUUUUUGUAUCUGU